CAAAUGAAUAUAGACACUUAAGGGAAUUACGGUAACUUGCUGGCAUGACUGUUUCAAACAAAAGAUAAAACAACAGCAACAAAAAAAUGUCAUCAAUCCAUCUUUUGGAUGACUCCUGCCUAGCCCUAAAGUUUAUUACAGUUGAAUUAUGGAGGUCUGAGUACUGAAGGCAUGUGUCAUAGCCAGCUCCUUUUCAUAAAAAAGACUGAACCUGGUUUACUGAACAUUACAGCUGCCAAUAAAAAAAAAUGGAGGGGGCCCAAGACCUGUUGUAAUCUAGUUACAAACCCUAAAAUGGGUCUCUACCACCUACCUGUCUGUUUGUCAUAUUGUCAUACUGUGAUGGCUUGCGCAUUGCUGUGAUGCUGGACAAAUACAGCGGAAUCACCCAUGGUGGACACAUUUCAGUGGAGCUUCCGGACUAAGACAGACUAGGAAGAAAGACCUGGCGAUCUCAUUCCAUAAAGUAGUCAGUGAAAACCUUACAGAUCACCGUAGAAAACUGUUCAACUCCAGUGCUUUGGACAUAUCAUUAGGAGAGACCAACCGCUGGAAGACAACAUCAUGUUUGGGUGAAGUAAAGGGCUGGUGAGGGCAAGGAGACCCACAGUGAGAUGGAUUGGCACAAUAGCCGCAAUCAUGGACUCAAACAUGCCAGUGAUUGUGAGGAUGACCCAGGGCCAGGCUGCAUCUUGUUCUGUUGUACAUAAGGCCACCAUGAGUCAGUUGAGGGCAGAUGUCUAUCUCAAGAUGGGUGUAUUCUGAUUUCUCCCUGUUACAUAGUUAGACAAUAUGAAUUCCUGUUCCCGUGGUAUUUUGGAUCUUUAACGUGAAAGAGGAGCAUAUUCAUGUAAAAUUUGUGCAAAAGUUACUUAAAUAACAUAUACUAAAAUAGUUUUAAAUAAAUAAACAUGUAUGUAUGUAUAUAUAUGUCACACUCACCACUGGGUUAAUGCUUAAUAUUCAUAGCUUGUUGCAAUAAAGAAAUGGCUUUUUUUUUCUUCUUUCUUUUUUUUCUUUUUUAGAUAGUUCCAGGUUACAGGCAACCUCAGCUCACUGGGCAGUUGGUGGUGCAAGAAAAUGGCUGGGGAAAGAGGGUGGGGAUAGAAUCACAAAAGACAAUAAGGCAACUCAUGAGAGACAUUGUUUGAAGCGGAGAAGAGGAGGACCACUGUGAUGUGGUUCUAUAUGCGCACCUGGCCAGGCUUUCUGGAGCACUCUUAGAUCUCUUCAAGGAAGCCUCGCAGGUCCUUGGAGAAGAAGCUAGGAAAGGUUGUCCGCAGAGGGAUGGAAGGAGGGAGUCUAUGAAUUGCAGAGCAUCAGGCUCUGGGUAUGGAGCUGAGAACUGGGGAAGAGGCUUUAUGGAGAGCACCUGGUCAGCAGAAAAGGCAUAAAAAGCUCAGCUCUGCCCAGCACUUCCUUGGUGGAGUAGUAGAAUACAUGCCCAUAUUAAUGCAGUCACUCCAAGGAACCCGUCUCUGAAUAGUCAGAUCUCCAUUAUAGUCUUUACUUCGGCUUUAGCCUCCCAAAUUCCCUUCGCCUUAACUUCUGAUGUUCAGAGCUCUGACACUUCACCAGGCUCUUAAAAGCCAGCCCUUCUCCAGAAGCUUCACAGGAGGUUCAUUUAACCUCUCUCCCUAAAGCCCAUCGUACCCUAAACCCUGUACAUAGUUCAGCUUUUUGUCCUGGUUUUAGAUGCUACUUUGGAUACAUUUUCUUUCUUGAACUGAAUGCCACUUUCUUUGUCCAAAUCAAUAUUGGCCAAGGUCUUAAUUCCUAGGAGAUAUCUGGUCUGCUUAACCUGGUUGAACUGUAGCACAUUUGGGAAAUUCAGAAACACUGCUAGCUGAUUGGCUGCAGUGCUGGGGAACUGAUCAGAGGCACACUGGGUGGUGUGUCCGUUGAAACAAUCACUUUUAAAUAGCCCAAUGAGGAGAGGGACCACUUGGUGGGCAUCUGUUUGGCUCCACAGGAAAACCCAGGCCUAUACUGAAUCUUCGCUUUACUUCUAUGGCCCAGACUCUGGUUCUGAUCUCCCCUUCUUGUGUCCUCUUUCCCCUUGCACAGAGACAGGGCAGGGCAUUGUUCAUGCACUGACCGACCUCAGCAGCCCCGGCAUGACCUCAGGGAACGGAAACUCUGCCUCCAGCAUCACUGGCACUGCCCCCCAGAAUGGUGAGAAUAAACCACCACAGGCCAUUGUGAAACCCCAAAUCCUGACGCAUGUUAUCGAAGGGUUUGUGAUCCAGGAGGGGGCGGAGCCUUUCCCGGUGGGACGCUCGUCCCUGCUGGUGGGGAAUCUCAAGAAGAAGUAUGCACAGGGGUUCCUGCCUGAGAAACUUCCACAGCAGGAUCAUACCACCACCACUGACUCUGAGAUGGAAGAGCCCUAUCUGCAAGAAUCCAAAGAGGAGGGUACUCCCCUCAAACUCAAGUGUGAGCUCUGUGGUCGGGUGGACUUUGCCUACAAGUUCAAGCGUUCCAAGCGCUUCUGUUCCAUGGCUUGUGCAAAGAGGUACAAUGUGGGAUGUACCAAACGAGUGGGACUUUUCCACUCAGACCGGAGCAAGCUGCAGAAAGCAGGAGCCACGACCCACAACCGCCGUCGGGCCAGCAAAGCCAGUCUGCCAGCACUCACCAAGGAUAACAAGAAGCAGCCAACAGGCACUGUACCCCUUUCAGUCACUGCUGCAUUGCAGCUAACACACAGCCAGGAAGACUCCAGCCGUUGCUCAGAUAACUCAAGCUAUGAGGAACCCUUGUCACCCAUCUCAGCCAGCUCAUCUACCUCCCGCCGGCGGCAAGGCCAGCGGGACCUGGAGCUCCCUGACAUGCACAUGCGGGACCUGGUGGGCAUGGGGCACCACUUCCUGCCAAGUGAGCCCACCAAAUGGAACGUAGAAGAUGUCUACGAAUUCAUCCGCUCUCUGCCAGGCUGCCAGGAGAUUGCAGAGGAAUUCCGUGCCCAGGAGAUUGAUGGACAAGCUCUGCUGCUGCUCAAGGAGGACCACCUGAUGAGUGCUAUGAACAUCAAGCUGGGGCCCGCCCUGAAGAUCUAUGCUCGCAUCAGCAUGCUCAAGGACUCCUAGGGCUGGGCGGGACAGCCAGCAUUCUGGCCCGGGGCUCCUCCUCCUGACUGAGCAGAGCCAGACAGACAUUCCUGAGAGGCCCAGAAGUGGGGCCAGUUGGAGGGAAGGGGCUCUCUCUGUGGGGCGUGGCUGGUGAGGAGGUCUUGGCACUGCCUCAGUGGCUCUCAGGGGCCUUUCAUUUAUGUGGGAGGGGCAGAGAGGUAGGUGGCGCAGAAGAUGGGGCUUUAUGCUUGUAAAUAUUGAUAGCACUGGCUUCCUCCAAAGUCCCAAUACUUUAGCCGCUCUCUUCCCCUCUCUCUGUCCCCCAUUUUCAAGGGGGUAUAUGGUCAGGGCUCCCCAACCUGAGUUGGGUUAUUUCCAAGGGCAGCCAGCAGGCCUGGAUAGAGGCCUUGAAAGCCCUUGCCUGCCUUCCUCCCUCUUCUUUCUCCAGGCCUGGCUAACUCUUCCGUUGCCAGCUUCUCCCCCUUUAGCCUAUUUCUAAAGCAGCCAGGGUUCUUCCCUUACGCCCUCUGCAGGUGGAGAGAGAGAAGCUGGGCCCAGUUUGGCCAUGCCUGCUGGCACAGACGCCUUAAUGCUGUAUGACUGUAUGACUGUGUGGGAGCCUGGACUGACAGAUAGGUGAGAGCCACCCUCUGGCAUCUCCAGGUGUUUUGUAGCAAACAGCCACUUAGUGCUUUGUCCUGGACUCCACUCAGCCUCAGGGUGGGGAAUAGAAAAGAAGAGCAGCCUCGGUACCGAGAGGAAAGAUCAGAAAGAGGUGAUGAUGAGGAGCUUUUCCUUUCCAGACUUGUCAAGACAUUUCUGAAGCCCCUGGCCACCCUGCUGUCACACCAGCAGCAGGAAGGAAGCUGCCAUGGGCUGGGCCACAGAACCCUGAAGGUGGAGCUGGCCAAGCCUCCUGGUCUGCCUGCCUGCCCACUCUGGGAGCCCCAGUGUUGGGGCCCAGAGAACCUUUUAAGGGGACGGAACAGCUGGAGCUGGCAUUGCAUGCAGAAGGCAGCCUCUGACCUCCCGCUCCCACACUCCUUUGCCUCUAAACUUCCUAGCAACAGUUUGCGCUACCUGAGGAGGAGGCAGGGCAGGAAGGGCAAGGGCCUGCCUCUGACUUGCCCUGUCCUUUGCAGGCUCCUGGGGAAGGAGUGGGAUUCUUCCCAGGAAGGGGGUGGUGGACACCUUUCUUAGCUUGUUCUAUUCCCCACCCACACCCCCAGGCAGGGUUGGAAAUGAAGGACUUUUUUUAACCUUUUUGUUUUUUAAAAAUAAACCUGUAAAAUCUGUC